UACUUUGAUCGGUCGCGACGACGGCGACCCAGAGUGGUGAAUGAAGUCAGUUUAGUUAACGAACUUCGCGGAGCGUCAUUUCCCAGUCGCGCGGCUUGCUUGGAUGAGUUAUUCGUGAUUUUUUUUUUGUUUGAAGGUACACAAUUGCAGAUUUAAUCGGACAGGUCCCGAAGUGCAUCGCCGAGACUCACAACCGCCGGAUGUCGCAGCAGCACUGUGUGGCAACAAAUUGGCCAAUUUCCGAGCCUGACCGCAAAUAGAGCACCCCUCCCCUCCCUGCCCGGAUUAGGAGCCCCCUCCCCAUCGAGGCCGCCAAUGGUGUACCAUGUCAACGAUAGAUGAGCGCACGGCCUAUCUCGACAAUCCGUACUUCAAAGGGCACAUCUACGGGAACUUUAACCCGUUCUACGCGACCAUCGCCGUCUGCACCGCGCUCGGCGUGUUCAUCUUUCUGCUGAACGUCAUCUGCUGCUGCUGCUCGCGGCACCGCGGCUACUGGAAGGACCGGCACACAGGAAACCGUUGGCUAGUAUCAAUCUGGUCCGUGACACCGCACAAAAACCCACCGUUGGACCUCACCGAACUGAAGGACGUUCGAUCCUUCCAACCAGUGAAUCCCGAUAUUGAGCGUCCGGUCGAGUACACCGUCUCGCACCACCGCCCUCAACAACAGUACUACCCCCAGCCACCGUACGGAUCUAGUGGUGGCCGCAGCGGAGGUUAUCCGGAGGAGUACGUCGAGCUUCACAAGCGCGAAAGUGACAUCUAGAAGCUAAACCAGAGUUCUUUU